AUGUCUAUUUCGCAGUCUUCUAUUAUUCCUUUCAUAUCUACCAUUUUCGCGGCCAUAGCAACCGCUUUCGGAGUCAACGCUUUUAUUAGGCCCGAACAUGCUCUCUCCAUGUUUGAAUUCCAAUAUCCCACCUCUCCGGAUGCGAAGCAGCUUGUUGAUUACUUAAUGAUUGUCUAUGGUGUACGCGAUAUUUUCAUAGGUGUCGCCUUGUUAUCGGCCGCAUUCUCUGGGAAUCGAAAGACAUUGGGAUGGAAUUUACUUGGGUUUGCCGGAGCAGCUUUCGCAGAUGGCCUCGUUUGCAAAAUGAAUGGACAUGGAGAGUGGAAUCAUUGGGGCUAUGGAUCGUUCGUUGCCAUUCUUGGACUUGUGUUGGCUGGUGGGUUCUAA